AUGGCACAAAUUGGAAAACUACGGAAUCAUUCCGGCCUUCGUCUUAACUUGGGCGAUUCAAGACCAACAACACCAUGCAGUUUAGACGAUGAAGGAAGUUUAGCUGCGGCCGUAGGCGCCGGUGCUCCUUCACUUAAACCGUCGACCUCAACCGACAGCAGCAGCAACUGGCGAGAGGACCUCGCCCGUAUCGUCAGCCAGAACCGUUCACAGAACCACUUGGUGCCUAACAACGAUGUCCCGGACGAACUAAAGCCCGAGGAUUUUGAAAACAUCCAAAAGCUCGGCGAAGGUGCUGCAGGCGUUGUCUGGAAAGUUCGCUACAAGCCCACGGGUUUGGUCAUGGCCAAAAAGGUAACGAUUACCGUUGAAGCGGAACCACAGCUGCAACGUCAAAUUCUGCGAGAACUAUCAUUUCUCAAAACAUGCGAAUCGCCACAUAUUGUUUCGUUUUACGGUGCGUUCUUAGACGACGGUGAUACGACGAUCGCGAUCUGUAUGGAGUAUUGUGAUGGCGGCAGCUUUGAGGAUAUCUACAAACGUGCACGCGAAAUGGAGGGUGUGAUUGGCGAAACGGUGCUUGCCCGGCUUGCAGAAUCGGUCUGCAAAGGUCUUAUUUAUUUGCAUUCAAAAAAUGUAAUUCAUAGAGACAUCAAGCCGUCGAACAUUUUAAUGACAAGAAAUGGAGAAAUUAAACUAUGCGACUUGGGUGUUUCAGGUGAAUUGAUCAACUCGAUGGCCGAGACAUUUACUGGAACCCAGUAUUACAUGGCGCCCGAACGUAUCAAAGGAGCAACUUACUCGGUCCAAUCCGAUAUCUGGUCCCUCGGAUUAACGAUUAUAGAAGUUGCCCAAAACCAUCCAGCCUUGCCACCACCUGGCCAACCUCAUCUCUCUGUGUUUGAGCUACUGGACUUUAUCGUAAGCCAACCUCUUCCAAACUUGGGUGACGAUAGAUCUGCCGAGUGUCGCGAUUUCAUUUCAAAAUGGCAAGUUUUGAUCAAGGACCCUCUUGAAAGACCGGGACCUGAAGCAGUGUUAGAACAUCCGUUUAUCAAGGAACGUGCAGACCCUUCACAAGACCUGGCAUCAUGGCUCAAGGAAGUAUGGAGUUGGCAGUAG